GGCGCGGCCGCCAGCCCCGGCCCCGCCGCGGCGCGGCCUCCCCCGCCAUGUGAAGCGCAGGAAGAUGCGGAGGCGCAGCCCGGCCGCUCGCGGCGAGGGAUGAGCCGAGACGGGGAGAAGAUGACCGAGGACGCCUACCCAGACGAUGACAGCUAUAUUGUGCGAGUCAAAGCUGUGGUUAUGACCCGAGAUGACUCCAGUGGGGGAUGGCUGCCGCAAGAAGGAGGCGGCCUCAGUAGAGUUGGCGUCUGCAAGGUCACGUACCCAGAGGGCAAUGGAAGAAGUGGAUUUCUAAUCCAUGGUGAAAGGCAGAAAGACAAACUGGUGGUGCUGGAGUGCUUCGUGAAGAAGGACCUGGUGUACACCAAGGCGAACCCGACCUUCCACCACUGGAAAGUGGACAACAGGAAGUUUGGGCUCACUUUUCAAAGCCCCGCCGACGCUCGAGCCUUUGACAGAGGCGUGAGGAAAGCCAUUGAGGACCUCAUUGAAGGGUCUACUACUUCCUCUUCAACGCUUCACAACGAGGCUGAGGUUGGCGACGAUGAUGUCUUCACAAAUGCAACAGAUAGCUCCUCCAACUCCUCUCAGAAAAGGGAACAGCCUGUGCGAACUCUGGCAUCUCCAGCAUCCUGUGAAAAUCGAAGAAUUUGCACUCGUGGGCACCUUCAUGACCAUUACAGCUCUGACCACUACCAUCUAGAACAAUCAGUACCACGAUCCUACCGGCACGUCAACUUUCCAGAUGACGAUGAGGAAAUAGUACGCAUCAAUCCUCGGGAGAAGAUUUGGAUGACUGGAUAUGAGGACUAUCGCCAUGCCCCAGCACGAGGAAAGAACUUCGAUCCUGAUGACGUGGACUCCUACGUACGUUUUGCCAAAAGCGAGUCCUCAAAACACGAGUACACUUAUCCUUACGUAGACAACUCAGACUUUGACCUGGGUGAAGAUAUCAAGGGUGCUGUGAUAAAGACUCAACCUGUCAAAUUCAAGCCCAGACGGAAGGAGGAUGGUGAGAGGUCACGGUGCGUGUACUGCAGGGACAUGUUCAAUCAUGAGGAGAACAAACGGGGUCAAUGCCAGGAUGCUCCUGACCGCAUCAAGACUUGCAUCCAUCGAGUGAGCUGUAUGUGGUGUGCAGACACUAUGCUCUAUCACUGUAUGUCCGAUCCGGAAGGAGACUUUACAGAUCCUUGUUCGUGUGACACCAGUGAUGAAAUGUUUUGCCUCCGGUGGAUGGCCCUUAUCGCCUUGUCUUUCAUUGCUCCAUGUAUGUGCUGUUACUUGCCGCUUCGGGCUUGUUACCACUGUGGGGUCAUGUGCAGGUGCUGUGGUGGAAAACACAAAGCUGCUGGAUGACUACAAAUGAGUUCGGUGUGUUAUGUUUUUCCUGUAGUUCGGGGAACACAUUGGUUUUGGAGCAUUGAGAUCACUUAUUUUGAUGCAGCCACUGUGCCCAGCAGCAUCCAGAAACCACCAGUUUGGAUCAUUUUACGUUCGAUCGUCUGGGGCUCACACUGCAUUGAUUUGCUCAUCAAGUGUUCUAACUAACUAACGUACAGCAUAGACUUUUGUAUUAUUAAUCUGUAAUCAAACAGACUGUCUUGUACAUGUUUAUAUUAUUUUUUCAGUUAAAACGAGUUUAAGAACUGCUUUAAAUGGUGGUGGAUUGUAGAACAUCUCCAGGUUGUGUCCGUCUUGCCUCUGCUCGCGCGGUACCAUCGGUGUGCCAGCAAGUUUUGGCAUUUCUCUAAGCGGGGUGGCGUAGUGAACGAGAUCUCACUUGGAAGAUAUUUUAACUUGCUGUCAAGUUAUUGUGUGUAUGGAAGGUGUGCUAGUAACAAACUUGUACCACAACACAGUAUUUCUGUCACUGGUUUUCUUUUGUUUUGUUUUUUUGUUCUGUUUUCCAAAGCCAAAAUAGCCAUGUAAGCUGCAGUUUCUCUUCUAGAGUCCAUCGUCAUUUCCUUCAGCAAACAUCUUAAAUUAUUUCUCUGUUCUUAAAGCUCUGCGAACAGAAAGCGAAGCUCAGUUACCAUAGUCACAUAACCAUUGAGAAUCUGGUAGUUCUCCUUACCUGUAAUCAUUUCAGACCACUACUUGAAAGGGAAACUUUACAUUUUAGUGUUUUCUUUUUUCCCUAAAUAACUUUGGAAAAAUAAAACUCUGUUUUCAGAGUUCUGCCCAAAAGAAGGGAACUUUUUCUUUAGACAGCCAUGUAAUGAUUUGAGUAUAAAACACUACAGUUCCAGAUGAGGAAAAUUGUUGUUAUGCAAAGAAUUAUUAACAAUGCAAUGUCAAAAGCACUAUUGUAAUCCAUGGCAAUUCUGGGGAAAUGCUGCAUUAAGUGGUGGAUUAUAUGGAAAAUAGUGUUUGUUUGUUUUUUCCUGUAUGAUAUGUGAGCACCAGAACACGUGUGCUCACGGUAGAAACUACGUUUAGCAGUCUAAACAGGUAUUGAAAAUCAAAAGCCAGGAUGUUAACCACCACUUUCAUUUCCUGACCUACGGUUCUGAUUCUCCGGAUGCUUACAGAUGUCCAAUGUAAUGCAUAUGCAACCAGCAUUUAUGUAAUUCUUUGUAUAGGAUAAAUCACAGGAGUCUUUGCAGGAGCCAGACCGAAGCGUCUCCCUCACUUUCCCCUCCCUAGUUCACCACCCAGAUUUAUCAAGUGGAUGCAUAAGGUGCAUACAGCGGGAUAAAAUUACUUUAAUUUUUUUUAAAUGUCAUGUUGUCUUGUGUACAAGGCUUGUAAUUAGCUGGAAAAAAAAGAGUAUUUUUCUAAUAUAUUACAGGAAUAGCCAAAUAAUUUUUAUUAAAAAAAAAAUGAUUUAGCGCAGUGAGCUCUAACUAGCAUAGUACAAUCUGAAUACUUUGAGGCAGCUAGGGAUUGGCUUGUCAAAGCUGGCACUGCUGUUCCUGCCAUAAUUUCUUUCUGCAGUAAAUUGCCAGUGAGCGCAUGUCCUUUCCCUCCCUCUAUUGCACAUUGACAUCAGUCUUAAAAGAGAGGAUUUUGUUUCUUUUUUUUUUUUUCUUUUUUUUUUUUGCCAAAUAAAUGUAAAAGGAACGCUUGCCAUUUUGUCUUGGUGGAAUGUCCCAACGGUUCCUCUGAGAGUUAAUCACAGCUUUUUAGUAAACCAUGAACAAAGUAUGCAACGUGCUUAUACACUAUAGAGUUCGGUAGGCUUAAUUUGUAGCAGUUGCUGGGGAUCUUUUGGUUGGAAAAGAAAAAGAAUGAUAAUGCAAAAGGGAUGGAGUGUUACACACUCGGUGAUGCGUCUGGGUUUGCUGAAUGAAAUAUAAAUAUUUUGUGCCUAAUAGCAGUUGACAAAUCUCUCAAUGGUGUCUAGUAAACAUCAAGCCAGCCUCGAAAACAAUUUUAUGGAACAACCUUUUCCUUUUAUUUCUGUUCUCCGAGUUGUUUCAUGUAAACAAACAUCUGUAAGAUCUUCUCUCUACAAAGCACAACACUACAAAAAAGAUCUUACAGUUUUUUGUCCGGUCUUGAAGUGCCCCUAUUUAUUUAAGUAAAGUAGACAUACUCCAAGCCUUUCCGUAUGUCUGAAAAUAAAAAUAAAAAAUAAUCAUUAAAAAAAAAAACCCUCCCUUAUUAUUUUUUUUUUUUCCAGUUUUUCCUCCCUCCUUCUUCCUCCCUCUUUUCCUGUUGGGUUUUUGUAAUACUUGUAGAUUUUUGCUGCGUGCGUUCUUGGGUUUGUGAAGGCAGUGGUGUAAGGGCACAAUGAUAGAAAUGGGUGUUUUUUGUAAAUAUUCCUCCUUACUUUCCACACUGCUGCUGAACAGUGUGUAGCGUUCUCCCAGUCAGCUUUGCAAUACUGACAUCAAUCAUUCGAGAGAAAUUAUUCAGAUUUUAUUUUUGUAUCUGUGGUAACGAAACAUUAACCAAAUUUGUUUUCUGUCAUGAAAAAUGUUUGUUUUUUUUUCAAGCUAUCGCUCACAUUAACAAAUUAAAGUGCCUGAAGCCUCAUCAUUAUUGUAUCUAUAUACUAAAAGUUAAAACCCUGUUGUAUUGAUUUUUAUAAGCCUUUUUACCUCUGUGUAAAAAAUAUAUAUACAAGUGUAUGAUGUACAUUUUAGUUCUUAACUUCUUUUUUUAUUGUUUCUAAUAUGUAUGAUCCGUGUAGCUAUUGCUUUAAAAUGUACCAUGUAAAUAUAAAUACAUCAUAUCAAAACGA